CCAGUCUGAUUUGAGGAGAGAGAGAGAACACUUGGCGUCGUCUUCUUCCGAGUUCUGAGAACGUCUCACCGCACCACACUCACACUCACACUGCAACAAGCCACUAACACUAAACCACAACAGCACACACCAACCAACAAAACCUGCCGCUUCUUGAACCCUUCCUUCAUUUAUUUAUUUCUUUCUUUCUCAUUCUCACUCUCUUGAAUGCAGUUACCACUAUUCACCACUUUUCUCCAUCACCACCCACUGCGACUCUUCAUCUCCCACAUCCAACACUUCUUCGAUGGCUUUCUCUUCUGCCUUUGCUGUCUCCUCUCCACUCUGCACGUGGCUCGUCGCCGCCUGCAUGUCCCUCACCUCCCACUCCGACCACUCCCCCUCCCUCACGUGCUCCCGCCGCCGCACCCACGUGACCCGCUCCUCCUUUACUCCUCGAUCCACCUCUGCCUUCAAUCGCACACGCACUCGCACUAAUCGAAUGCCUCUUUCUCGUAAAAUAAUGGCCAUAGCUUUGCAACCUGCUCAAGAAGCUACUACAGUUUCGAAAAAACCUCCUACGAAGGAAAGGCGAGUAGUUGUGACAGGCAUGGGUGUGGUAACGUCACUUGGUCAUGAUGCAGAUGUCUUCUACAAAAAUUUACUUGAUGGUGUUAGUGGCAUAAGCGAGAUUAAUGCUUUUGAUUGUGCAGAAUUUCCAACGAGGAUUGCUGGCGAGAUCAAGUCUGUCUCAGCUGACGGUUGGGUAGCGCCAAAGCUCUCAAAGAGAUUGGAUAAAUUUAUGUUGUAUAUGUUAAUAGCUGGGAAAAAAGCGUUGGUUGAUGGUGGAAUCACUGAAGACAUAAUGAAUGAGUUAAAUAAACAAAAAUGUGGGGUUUUGAUUGGCUCAGCAAUGGGUGGGAUGAAGGUUUUCAGUGAUGCUAUUGAAGCUUUACGAAUAUCAUAUAAGAAGAUGAAUCCAUUUUGUGUACCAUUUGCAACGACAAAUAUGGGUUCUGCCAUUCUUGCUAUGGAUUUGGGUUGGAUGGGCCCUAAUUAUUCAAUCUCCACAGCUUGUGCUACAAGCAAUUUCUGUAUACUUAAUGCAGCAAACCAUAUAACUAGAGGUGAAGCUGACAUGAUGCUUUGUGGUGGUUCAGAUUCUGCUAUUAUACCAAUUGGCUUGGGAGGCUUUGUGGCAUGCAGGGCACUCUCUCAGAGAAAUAGCGAUCCUACUAAAGCUUCACGCCCUUGGGAUAGUAACCGCGAUGGAUUUGUUAUGGGUGAAGGGGCUGGAGUUUUGCUUUUAGAAGAGUUAGAGCAUGCUAAGCAAAGAGGAGCAGAAAUAUAUGCAGAGUUCCGUGGUGGAAGCUUCACUUGUGAUGCUUAUCAUAUGACGGAGCCUCACCCUGAUGGGGCUGGUGUGAUUCUUUGCAUUGAAAAGGCACUAACUCACUCGGGACUAUCAAAAGAGGAUGUGAACUACAUAAAUGCACAUGCCACGUCUACGCCGGCUGGAGAUCUCAAGGAGUACCAGGCUCUGAUGCAUUGCUUCGGUCGCAAUCCUGAGCUUAAAGUGAAUUCCACUAAAUCUAUGAUUGGCCAUCUUCUAGGGGCAGCUGGUGGAGUCGAAGCUGUUGCAACAGUGCAGGCAAUAAGGACAGGGUGGAUUCAUCCCAAUAUCAAUCUGGAAUGCCCAGACAAAGGAGUGGAUGCUAAUGUGCUUGUGGGCCCAAAGAAGGAGAGACUGGAAGUCAAGGCAGCACUGUCUAAUUCAUUUGGUUUUGGUGGCCACAAUUCCUCCAUCAUAUUCUCCCCUUUCAAAUAAAAAUGUUGCAGUCUAUGUGCUUCCUUUAUUAUAAAGUUGUUAACCCGGCAAAGUGUUGCAUACUAACACUACUCCCUUGGUUAAGUUAAACAUGUAUCUGGUGUGAUGAUCAUUAUGUUCAGAAAGAUUUAUGAGGUGACCCUUCUGAAACAAAGUCUCUGGAGAUUGUCCGUUGCUGCCGCCUGCCGGUGAAGUUAGAAUUGGGUCUAUCAGCGGCCAGAAAGCUCCUAUUUGACCAUGAAUGGCUAGAGUAGGAAUUUGAAUGUAACAGUUGGACAACAAAAAACUUGAUGGGGACAUGGACAUUGUUUUAUUCCCAUCUAUCUACCAGGAGAAGACCAUAGAUUGGACAUAAAUCAAUUGUAACUGUUUUUCUUAAGCUGGAUAAAUGUUAGGUUACAUUUUCCGCUAAAUCAGAUGUUAUAAAGUCCUGUCGUGUAAUGGGUGGCCAGCAUUGCGCUAGAACCCAGUUUUUUUAAGGUCAAAACCAGCAUUAGAACCAUAAAAAAGUAAUUUUAACACUACUGUUUAUUACAAUUUUCCGCCGACGUGUUUGUUGAUUGAAAUUUAAAAAAAUAAAAUACUGAGUUGGAGAUGAUUAUAUCAUC